CGUGACUCGGAGCUGAGGAGGUCGGACAUGGCUGCUGAUCGUCUAGGGGACGGCGGCGGCGGCUCCUCAGGCGACGGGGGCGGGUUCAGGUUCCCGGAAUACGAGAUCCCGGAGCUGAACACGAAGCCCUUCUUGGUGAAGGCUCUGGGGAAGCUGUGGAAGGAAAGGCUUGUUGGGGCCCGCGACUUCUCUCUGGAGCCGCCGGCUCCCGGCAGCCUGACCGGGGCCGGAGGCGGCGAGGAAGAUGCGGCCGUGGCCGAAGACUUGGGCUGCAGCCUGGAGACCGCGACCGAGCUGAGCCUCGUGUGCGGUUUGGAUAAGUUGAAGUAUUGUGAAGAAGAGGAUGAUCCAGAAGUCAUUCCUGAAGACACCAACCUAGUGACUUUGGGACUUAGAAAGAGGGCCUUGGAGCAUCGAGAAGAAACCAUAACAGUAGAUCGUAUCUGCAGACAAGAAACCUUUGCCUAUGAGAUGGAAUCACAUGCCAUAGGAAAGAAGCCAUCAAAUCCAGCAGACCUAGUUAAUGAAGGAGAACUUAUUUUAACUCUGAAUAUCUUCUAUCCUGUCAUAUUUAGUAAGCAUAAAGAACGUAAACCCUAUCAAACCCUACUGGUGUUGGGCAGUCAAAAGCUCACAGAACUCAGAGAUUCAUUUUGUUGUGCCAGUGACCUUCAGAUUGGAGGAGAGUUCAGCAGCACACCUGACCAGGCACCUGAGCACACUAGUAAGGAUCUUUACAAGUCAGCUUUCUUUUAUUUUGAAGGAACAUUUUACAAUGAUAGAAGAUACCCUGAAUGCAGAGAUUUGAGCAGAACAAUUAUUGAGUGGUCAGAAUCCCAUGAUCGAGGAUAUGGCAAGUUCCAGUCUGCUAAAAUGGAAGAUUUUACUUUCAAUGACCUGUACAUUAAAUUAGGUUUUCCUUACUUGUAUUGUCACCAGGGAGACUGUGAGCAUGUUGUCAUCAUCACAGAUAUAAGACUUGUCCAUCAUGAUGACUGCUUGGAUAAGACACUUUAUCCCCUACUCACCAAGAAGCACUGGUUAUGGACCAGGAAAUGUUUUGUUUGUAAAAUGUACACAGCCAGAUGGGUAACCAACAAUGACUGCUUUGCACCAGAGGACCCUUGUUUCUUCUGUGAUGUUUGUUUCCGGAUGCUCCAUUAUGAUUCUGAAGGCAACAAACUGGGAGAGUUUCUUGCUUAUCCUUAUGUUGAUCCUGGAACUUUUAACUAAAGACAAAACAGAAAUACUACAAAAGUAAUUUUGUUGAAUGGUUGUUUGGAAUGACUGCAAUGCUCCUCAGAAAUGUCACUUUUUGAAUGCCUUAAGUGGCAGAAACAUUAAAACUGAAAAAGAAAAAUUGGGUUAUAACCCAAUUUAGCUGUUAACCAUUUUAUUCUUUGGGUAUGGUAUAUUAAACUCAGAGUAGUCUUGUUACUCUUACAUUUCUUUUCUUUCUUUGAGCUAACCACAUAGUGGUUCCAGGCAACCUGUGUCAUUCUUUUCAAGUUUGAAGUAAUAAAAAUUAAGCCCAUUUAAGAUUACUUCUUUGACCCAACGAACUGGAGCUCAAGAAAAAGUGAAGGUAAAUAUGUUUCAAGUGUGUUAAAGACCUUUAGGGGCAAGAGGUGGUAGGGGUGAUGCAAAUCCAUUUUCGUAAAAUCUUUUAGUGCCUCAGUGAUUUUUUUGUCCUUGCUGUUCAACACUUAUUUUUAUUGACUUGGAUGGAAGAUAAAUGGCAGAACUUCUUUGAAGUAGUGUCAAUCAACAUUUUUCGUUUGAUUUUCGCUAAGAUUUAAAAUUUUUUGUUAACAGUACACUUGUUACCAGUGAUUCAAGUUAAUGCAAAUGUUGAACAAAUGCAAACCACAUUUUACCAAUUCUAUUUUUAUGUCCUUAAAUUACUGUUUUUGUGUAUAAGUUUCAUCUACUCUUGGCUUUUUUGUGCUCCCCCUCUCACUAGGUAAUAGGGCAGUUGGAUAAGGUCAAUCAGAACAGUAUUAGUUAUUGUAUGAAGAAAUUUUGACUUGAAGCAUCAGUUUUAUUUUAACUUAUUUAUGGAGUCCUUAGGCUUGGGAAAUUCAGAACAACCCUAUCACAUUGUUUCGCCUUUUUUGUUUUUGUAUAUGGAAAUGUCCUUGUCUUGAGUUUUGAAAAAUAUGUGCAAAUCUUCAUUUUCUCUUGUCUAGGUUAACAUUAUAAAAAUAAUAAAACUACAUUUUACACCCGGAUAUUUGGGAACAACUCUACUACUUAAGAGAAGCUCAUCAUACAUAUGUAAAAGGUUGGUGACUUUGCAUAGGUUCAUUAUGUCUUAACCCAGUUUUAUCCUAUUUUAUCUUACUUGCAGUAAAGCAAGUAAAAAAAAAGCAACUUAUAUUAUUUCUGCUACUUAAUUGCAUCCUCAUACAAAGGAUGGGUUAUUUUAAGUUAUUAUCACCCAAACAAUAUUCUCAAAAGUAACCAGAAAAUGAAUCUUGAUAUAUUGUAAAGGAGUUU